AUGGCGACCGAGGAGAAGCGCGUCGAUGCAGCAGCACCACCAGCACCACGAGCGGCCCCGGUCGAGCCCGCCUCAGCCCUGUACCGCGCCCGGCGUUGGCUGCACGUCCUCCCCUUCCUCCCCGCCGGCUCCACCUUCCUGUCGGCCCUUACGCUCCUCGCCCUCCUGCACGGCACCGCCCUCGUCCUCUUCACUCGAGGGUUCCUCCUCACGCGCAAGGCCCUCCCCAACGUCAACGACUGCAGCCCGGUCGCGGCCUCGGGCAACCUCGACGCGUCUUGCUCCCUCCCGCCCACGCACGACAAGCUCGUCUUCCUCGUCGUCGACGCCCUUCGCGCCGACUUUGUCCUCCCUGUCGCCGAGCCCGCCGCCGCCAACGAGUUCUACGCCAACCACAUCCCGCUCGCUGGCCGCCUCACCGACGCCCAGCCGACCCAGUCGUUCCUCGCCCACUUUAUCGCCGACGCGCCGACGACGACGCUCCAGCGCAUCAAGGGCAUGACGACCGGGUCGCUCCCGACCUUCAUCGACGCCGGCAGCAACUUUGCCGGCGAGCAGGCCGACGAGGACAACUGGCUUUGGCAGGCCAAGCGCGCGGGCAAGCGCAUCGCCCUCGCCGGCGACGAGACGUGGCUCAACGUCUUUCCGCGCGGCGGCAAGAGCAGCGUGUGGGCCGAGGGCCUCGUCUACCCGUACGACUCGUUCGACGUCGAGGACCUCGACACGGUCGACCGCGGCGUGCGCGAGCACCUCCUCGAGCUCCUCGACGAGCCGCGUCAGCGCGAGUGGGACAUCGUCGUCGCGCACGGGCUUGGCCUCGACCACGCCGGGCAUCGGUUCGGCGCCGAGCACCGCGAGACGACGCGCAAGCUGCGCGAGACGGAGCAGCUCCUGCGGGACGUCGUCGAGCGCCUCGGUGACAACACGCUCCUCGUCGUUGUCGGCGAUCACGGCAUGACCGACCGCGGCGACCACGGCGGCGACAGCCGAGACGAGGUCGACGCCGCCCUGUGGGUCUACUCGAAGACGCCGCUUAUCGACGCCGCCUGGUUCGAGCACGCCCUCGACUCGCCCAGCCACCCGGCGGCGUCGUUACGAGCGAGCGCGAGCGCCUCGGUCGACCUCGCCGACCGCUUCGAGCUCGCCUGGCCCGAGAAGGGCCUCGCCGGCUCGACCCGCUCGGUCAGCCAGAUCGACCUCGUCCCGACCCUGUCCCUCCUUCUCGGCCUCCCCAUCCCCUUCGGCAACCUCGGCCUCCCCAUCCCCGAGCUCUUCUACCGCACGUCGGAGCUGCCCGUCGCGCCCGCGCCCGCGUCGCCGUCGUCAGCGGCCGGCGAGCCCGCCCAAAGGCCCAAGCGCAGUUUCUUCGGCCUCGGAUCGUCGUCGUCGCAGCCCGAGCGUCGCGACCACGAGGUCCUGUCGCCGCUGCAGACGUACCUCCAGGCGACGCUCCUCGCGUCGUCCGAGCUGUCGCACUACCUCCUCACCUACACGGCCCUCCCGUCGGGCAAGGACCUCCUCCCGUCGAUGCCCGAGCUGUCGUUCAUCCUCGAGGUCGCCAAGUCGGCGUACAAGGGCGCACAUGCGCCGGGCCACUCGCGCGACGACAUGGAGCGGCGCGCGCUCGACAAGUUCGUCGCGUUCGAGCGCAAGGCGCGCGACAAGGCGCGGCACGUGUGGGCGAGGUUCGACCCGGUCCUCAUGGGCGCAGGGCUCGCCGUCUUCCUCGGCAGCCUGCUCGUCGCCGCACGGCUCGCCGGGGCGGCCAAGCGCGGGCCGUCGUCGAGGUUCCUCGUCGGGCGCGCAGUCGAGGGGUCGCUCGCCGCGCUCGUCGUCGGCGCCGGCCUUGCGGCGGCUGGCGGCCUCGCCGGCAGGCCCACGGUGCUCGGCGCGCUCUUCGUCGCCGCCGUCGGCGCCGAAUUUGGCGUCGUCUUCGCGCCGAGUGCGUCGUCGGUCCCGGCGGCGUUCGGCCUCAAGCAGUACCUGUCCCUCCGCCAGUUCGCUCCCGUCCUUCCCCUCGUCGCCCACGCCGCCGUCUUUGGGUCCAACUCGCUCACCGUCUUCGAGGACUCGGUCGUCCUGUAUCUCCUCACGACCCUUCUCGUCGUGAGCCUCGUGCGGGCCUUUGCCGCUCCCGAGGCGCGCCUGCGCAACCGCCUCGUCGCCUACUCGGUCGUCGGCCUCGUGUGCGUGCGCCUCAUGAGCGUCAGCACCAUCUGCCGCGAGGAGCAGGUCCCGAGGUGCCACCCGACCUUCUACCUCGCGCCCGGCUCGACGGCGAGCAAGGUCGUCCUCGGCCUGUCGGUUGCGGCGGCGCUCGUCGUCCCGACGGUCCUGCGGUCGUCGCUCGCCGUGUCCAAGUCGAACGAGGGCGUCGCGCCGCUCUUCCUGGGCGUCGGCGUCCGGGCGCUCCUCCUCGGCGGCUCGGCGUACUGGGCGCUCGAUCACGCCGUCGCCGCCGGGUCGUACGGCGCAACCGGCACCGAGCUCGCCGGCGUCGCAAAGACGGGCUUUGCGCGCGCCGUCCUCGUCGCCGGUACGCUCGCGGCGACGCUCGUGUGGCGCCUGUCGCCGCUCUGCAUCCGGGUCCAACGCGAGCAGGUCCAGAACUCGACGGGCCAGGCGGCGCGCACCCAGAUCAAGGUCAUCGGGUUCGCCAACGCGCUCGGCUCGUCGUACCUCCUCUUCUUCGGCGCCGCCUUUUCCCUCCUCGUCCUCGUCUCGCCGCCGCCAGCCCAACUCGUCCUGGUCCUCCACCUGGUCGUCCUCGUCUGCCUCCUCGAGAUCUGGGACUCGGAGCGCGACGUCGCGCACCUCACGUCGUCGCUCGCGUCGACGGCGUCGCUCGAGGCGUUCCUCCAGGGCGACGACCUCGGCGACGGCGCCGGCGGGUUCCCGCCCGCGCCGCCGCACACGGGCCCGACGUUCGUCCAGCUGUCGACGCUCGCGCUCCUCGCGCACCUGUCGUUCUUCGCGACGGGCCACCAGGCCGCCCUGUCGUCGAUCCAGUGGUCGUCCGCCUUUAUCGGGUUCCCGACCGUCACCUACCCGUUCUCGCCCCUCCUCGUCACGCUCAACACCUUGUCAGGCUUCGUCCUCACCGCCCUCGCCCUCCCUCUCUUCGUCCUGUGGAACGUCCCGCCGCCGCUCAAGGACCAGGGCGCCCUCUUUGCGCCGCGGCACCUCCUGCGCGCUGGAGCGGGCUACCUCGCCUACUUUGCGGGCCUCGCGCUCGCGAGUGCGGCGUGUGCGGCGCACCUGAGGCGUCACCUGUUCGUGUGGAAGGUGUUCGCGCCGCGGUUCAUGCUCGCCGGCGUCGCACUCGUCGCGACCGACGUCGCCGUCGUCGGGUGCGCCAUGGCGUGGGGCGCGACGGGCGUGUUGAGCAAGGUCAAGGCGUCGCUCGGGACGAGGGUCGCAGAGUAGAGCGGGCCGCCGAGGAGGAGCAGCCGAGGAGAGGGUCCGAGCAGCAGCAUCUCGCAUCUUGCAUUGCAAAGCAACUUUAUGUCUCGGUC